GGAGCAUGUGCCACGUGGCGAGAGAGUGACGCCACAAGUGGCAGAAGAAACCAAAACUAAACUGAUUAUUAUUAUUUCUGGCUCUGUUUUGCUUGCCGUGUAUCAGGUGCUCUGCUCCACUUACCUUUAAUCUUCAAUCAACGGUACUCUCAGGAACAGGAAUCAGAUCGAGCAAUGCUCAGGUUAAUCGUUAAUUACCCUCUGAUUCCCAAGAUAUCCCACCGGGUUUGUAGUAACAGUAGUAGUAAGCUCGGGAGUUACUAUGAUUCUUCGUCGAUCAUAAAAUAUGGCGGAAUCAGCGAUGUUGUUGGUAAGAAGCAGGAGCUUUUUCUAAGUGUUUCGGUGAAAGCAGUGGAAGACAAAGGUAACAAUGGAGGUGGAAGCAUGAGUUUCUCGGGUCAAAGCUGGGAUCCUAGUUCCGAGAUUGAAGUUCCUUCAGACCAAAGACCCGUGAAUGAGUAUUCGUCUCUAAAGGAAGGAAUGUUGUAUUCAUGGGGAGAAUUGGGUCCAAGCGAAUUCUUUAUUCGUCUAGGUGGUCUUUGGUUGGUCACUUUCACUGUUCUUGGAGUUCCUGUUGCAGCUGCUAGCUUUAAUCCUUCCAGAGAGCCUUUGAGAUUUAUUCUAGCUGCAGGGACUGGAACUUUAUUUCUCGUUUCUUUGAUUGUCUUGAGAAUUUAUCUGGGGUGGAGCUAUGUUGGAGAUAGACUACUUUCUGCAGUUAUACCUUACGAAGAGAGUGGAUGGUAUGAUGGACAAAUGUGGGUCAAACCACCUGAGGUGUUGGCUCGCGACAGGUUGUUGGGUUCUUACAAGGUGAAGCCAGUGAUCAAGAUGCUCAAACAAACAUUAAUCGGAACAGGAGCUUUACUCGUUUCAGCAUUCGUGCUAUUCGUUUUCGCAACACCAGUCGAGGAUUUCUUUAAAACCACUCUAGGAUCUACAGAAAACCAACCAGAAGUUUCCAUUUCAAGAACCAGCAACAAGUUCAAUAUAAGAAAAGAACAAUUGCUUCGACUACCCGUAGAUGUUGUGACUGACGAUGAUCUGGCAGCAGCCGCGGCUGAGGCUGCGGAUGGAAGACCUGUCUAUUGCAGAGACCGGUACUACCGUGCAUUAGCAGGUGGUCAAUACUGCAAAUGGGAAGAUCUUGUUAAAUAGUUGUCACACUAAUAGAAUACCAACACACAUACUACAGUAUGUAAUUUUUGCUUAAAAUGGCUUUAAAAGCCUCAUGAAUUAUCCACUCAUUCAUCACUAGAAAUUGAGUUAUCCAUACAUAUAUCACUGAACUGAGUGGAACACAUGGGCCAGUGAAUGCUAAUAACUCAAGGCCCGUUUUAAGGGUUUAGGUAUUCCAUUAACGGCCCACUAACUUUAACAGUUAAAGGCCGAAGGCAAAAAUGUUCCUCAAAUAAAUAUUUGGUAGGCACCACUCAGUUCAAUUUCCAAAACAAGAAAAAGCGUGGUCCAAUUAAAAACCCUGAUAUAUAGUAUUAUUUCUAUUUUUAAUUUAAAGAGAAAGAAAAAAACAAGAGUCAAAUACUCAUCGUGGC